AACAUUAUCUAUGCAUUAUGGAACUGGAAAGUUGAAAACGUCCUUCCAGAGAUCGACCAAAAUGCUAUCCUUGAAUACUACAAGGAAAAUGCAAGACAAAGUUUGAUCGCCAAAAUAUGGGUACUCAUUAAAAAAGAAGAUGAUGGAUGUCGAGCAAAUAAACCAAAAUGCAUCCGGAUGAUUGUUAACAACCUGGAUUAUGAACAAAAAUUUCGCUUAAAACGAGCAGCUCGAGAAGGUAAUCUGACAGAAAUCUCCAAACUCAUGGAAGAAAAACUCCUUAAAUACCCAAAUUUUCAAAGCGAAUACGACAGCUGGACAGCUCAGAAUACUGUCCCACAAUCGUUACGAGAAAUCGUAGAAGGUCUCUCAGAAGCUCAGCUCAGACGACUAGAACUUAAAGAUGCAAUCAAGGAUUAUUACCGUGGCAUGAUCGAGAGAAGGAGUUUAGAGGAACAACAAGAAAUCGAGGAAUUUUUUCAGCGAAUGAAUAGAACGUUUGCAAAAUGUUACAAUCCUUUACGAAUGAAAGAAGCUUCCGAGUAA